AUGAGAUCUGAGCGCAACAGAUAUUUCAUCUUCCCUAGCGUCGACUACGAGCCUGACGAUCUGAUUCAGCUCGGUCAGCUCAUAGAGAACCUUUACCAUCCAGAUGAGCACAUUGCGCCGCCCGUCAUCCAGCCUGCAGGUGCCGUCCAUGUUUUCCACGAAAAGGACUGGUCCCUAGGGAGCCCCGAGAAUCGACCAGAGAUAUGGGGAUCUUUGCAGACAUUCCAUCCGUAG